AUGCGCAAGCAGCAGGAUUCUGAGAAGAAACGAAGGGACGAAGAGGAGGAGAUGCGCAGGAUGCAAGAGGAGAUGGAUGUGCAAGCGCGCGAGGAGAGAGAGGCGGCUGAAAGGGAGCGAACAGAAAGAGAGCGAGCCAUGGCGGAAGAAGCCGAGCGUCUCAUGAAGGGCAAAAUGGAUCCAAAGCUGAAUCCACGACGCUUCUUCGCCAACAAUGCGAAGCUCGACGGAAAAGCCCGCAAGGAAGAAGUGGAGAAGUGCCGGGAGUUGAUGCAGAAGCUGAUGGCAACGGAGGCGGCGCGCUUCCUCCAGGCUGUUUGGAGGGGCCGCGGUCCUCGCAAAGUGCUGAGAGCGUUGAAAGAUAUUGAGCGCGCCAAGUUCGAUGCCACCAAGCGGCGCCUGGCUGAGGCCGCGGAAAAAAUCGCAAGGAACAAGGAGCGAGAGCGGCUUGCAGCGCGGCUGAAGGAAAUCUCCGCCACAGAAGCUAUCCUUCGAGAUGUUUGGAGCAAGUGGCGCGAGAGAGCAGCCAUCAAGAUGCAAGCGCACUUCCGCGGU